AUGGGGCUAAAAGGAGAAAAGGGGGAUCGUGGUUAUGAUGGCAUCCCAGGCUUACCAGGAGAUAAAGGUCCACCAGGACCACCAGGACCACCGGCAUUAGUAUCAGAACCAGUACGCUACAUUCCAGGCCCUCCAGGUCCACCUGGACCGCCAGGGCCUCCAGGUACUCCAGGGGCAUCCAUAGUUGGCCCUAAAGGAGAACCUGGGUCUAAUUACCACGAAGAACAUAUACAUGGGAAUACCAAAAUUUAUGGUCGGCCAGUCAUGAAGAGCCCACUCGACGAGCUUAAGGCUUUAAGAGAAUUGAAAGAUCUCAAAGAAAAAGAAAGAGGAGUAUUCGCACAUCCUAGCCAUGGGACGAGCGCACAUGCUGACGACUCAAAUACCAGUAAAACUAUACCAGGGGCUGCUGUAUUCCAAACUACAGAAGAAAUGUUAAAGUUGGCAUCAGCGAGUUCCGUCGGCUCCUUAGCGUACGUAGUCGAAGAACAAGCGCUAUUAGUUAAGGUCAACUCCGGAUGGCAAUAUGUUUCCCUGGGUUCUCUAGUUACACACUCCGCACAAGUAGCACCAACACCUCCGCCUGCAACUCCUCCAAUGCCUGCAGCGAGUCUGGUCCACGUACGGGAGUCACCAAUUUCUAAUUUCGUCGACAAUUCACCCCCAUCCAACGGACCCAGUCUUCGUUUAGCAGCACUCAACGAUCCUCUAACGGGUAAUAUGCACGGAGUUAGACGCGCUAAUUAUGCGUGUUACAGACAGGCUAAGAGAGCUGGACUGAGAGGAACUUUCACGGCGUUCCUUACAAGCAGAAUCCAAAACUUGGAUACAAUCGUGCGUUACUCGGACAGACAUUUGCCAAUUGUUAAUACACAAGGUGACGUCUUGUUCAAAUCAUUUUCUGACAUAUUUGAUGGAAAUGGCGGUGUCAUAACUGGAUCUCCAAGGAUUUACAGCUUCAACGGAAAGAAUAUUAUGACUGAUUCCCACUGGCCACAAAAAAUGAUAUGGCAUGGUUCACAUGCUAGUGGAGAAAGAGCAUUAGAUACUUUUUGCGAUGAGUGGCAAAGUAAUGAUGCGUCUAGGAGAGGCAUGGCUGCCUCCCUCUAUUCCCACAAAUUACUCUCCCAGGAGAGGCAUGCAUGCAAUAAUCACUUCGUAGUUCUGUGCAUCGAAGCCACUUCUAAUGGAAGCUUCAGAAAGAAAAGAGAGGUACCUAGCUACAACAUGACUGGAAUACUAGACGACGAGGAUUACCUUUACAAUGCGGAGGAAUAUCAGCAACUAUUAAACGAGAUAUUUGCUCAACCGUUCAGAGAGAACUAACUCAAAUAUAUUGUAGACUUUGGACGGAAUGCUACGAGCCAUUUCAAAAUUUAGCUCGCAACGUUAAAGUUAAAUUUUCCAUGAAAGGCUUUUCAACUUCGUGAACAUAUAACACGGCCGUAUUGUUAUGAUACGAACGAAGGCAAUUUUUCUAUUAUUGGUAAUGAGAUUAUACCGAAUGAUGCUUGACGUUCAUAUGAGAUUCCUAUUGAUUAAGCUCGGGAGCUUAAGCCAUUGAAAGUUACUAUACAUUUUAUGUAUUAUAAUUAAUUGUAGAGGAAAGUAUAUUUAAGUUAGUCAUAAAUAUCUUAAUAGAGUUGUAAAUAUUUACAUACUUUAAUGCACCACCAAAUUUUAUUAUUAAGUAUUUUAUUUAUAAUUUCCUUCAAAAGUGUGAAUGUACGUAUUAUCACAAUUAUAUUACUCUCACACAAUUAUAGUACUCAACUAUAUUAUUAGUACAGUGUGUACGUUCAAUAAAUGGGAUUGAAGCAAAUUAAAUAAAAGUUCAAUAUAUUAUUGAAUGUUAAUAGCAUUUUGAUUGAUUCCAAUGUCAACCAAAUCGAAGUCAAUGUUACCUGCUGCUGAUUCGGCUUUAUAAAAUUAUUGUGUGUAUGUGUGUGACAGUGCGUGAGCAUGUGUGUGCGUUUCAAUUGCACACAUUUGAUUUUAAAACACACUGAUUGUUAAUAAUAAUAAAUAUUUUAAAACUACUAAGCAUGCUUAGUGAUUUAAUUAAAAUAACUUUAAAUUUUACCCUUUUUAUGUAAAAUUAUAUCACUUUCUGUCCGUAUACAUUAAGGCUAAGAACGUUAGGAAAGUUAUUCUAUUUACUUUCUUUUUUUUUCUCUGUAGCAAAUAUUAUACUUUAAAAAUGUAUUGUCAAUUUUUUUGUACGUUUUAUAAAACUUUUAAUUAUGAUAUUAAUUCAUCUAAUUCUUAAAUUCAAAAUAGAAGAGGACAAAAUGUGAACCAAAAAGUUUUUAAAUAUAAUAUGUUUCCAUUAGAGAUGACUUAAUAAUAUUAUUUGAUAGGUGUUUAUAACUUUGCUUACACACGCGAUAUCAUUUUGUUAUCGCUUGAAAUAUGCACUUAAGUGUCAAUCACCCUUUUUCAACUCUUGAUUAUAUAUACACACAACAAUUACAUCAGAUUUAAAAAAAAGAUCCGCAAUCGAAUUUACUGACUUCUUUCUACGGAUUAAGGUUUAAAAUCAAAUAGAGAAAUCUGACAGAUUCGUAUAAACUAAUAUGCUGUUGAUUGUGUAAGGUAAUGGACAUUUUGCAUCACACAAAUUGCAAUUGUAUUAAUAUUUUAUAAUAAUCAUAGUCACAUAUUAUAUUUUGGGAAUUUCAAUAUUUAUAAUCAAUAUUUGAUUUAUCCUAAAAAAAAGAAUAAGUAAGAGUCAAAAAUAGCCCAAAAAAGGAUAGUACGGCCGUGCCCUUUUAACUAUUUUGCUCGACUUGGUGGUAGCACUUCCGUGCUCCCAGAGGUAUCAGGUGUUACCGAUAUUGAGCUUAUUGACUGUCUAUAAUAAUUAUUUUAGUUAAUAUUUGUUGUAGGAAUUAUAAUUUAAUAGGUAAUAAAUAUUUAUAAACUAUUAUUCGUCAAGUGAAACUAGUCACAAAAAUGUUUUUUAAUUUUUUAUAAAAUCUUCAUUAGAAUGUUCUGAAAAGUGAACUACAUCUCAAGAAUAGCAUAAUUAAAAAAAAAGACUUAUAAUUUUCUUAAUUAUAAUUAAAUAAAUGAUUUAUUUUGAAUCGGCAUGCCUACCGUAUAUACUGGUCGCCGCAUUGUUUUUUUUUUUUCUUUAAUUAAAAAACUAAGCCGUUCUUAAAUGUGAUAAAAAAAUAUUAUAGUAGACCUAGCCAUUGUUCAAAGUAUUUCUUAAGGCUAUGCUAUUCUAUUUAAAAAAAAAACAGCCUCAAACUCGACAUAGAGUACAGCGCAGUGACAUUAAAGGACUUCAAUGAAAUGAAACUUUUAUUGCCCUUACCUCUAUGCUAUAACAGCGCUAUGUUCGUCGUCGAAUCCGAUACUUGUAUAUCAGAAUAGCACUAUGUUAUACAUUUACUUUUAUUUAAUUUACAAUUACUUUUUUAUUUUACAAGUCUGUUUUAUCUCUCAAUACCUUUGAAAAUCGAUCACUUAUCUCUAAUUUCAAUACAGUUUUGGAGCAAUUACAUGUACAAAAAGUAAAAAAAAAAAAUUAUUACUUUUAAACCGAUAUUCUUAUUUUCGAUUGAGAAUCUAACCUAGCCUAAUCUAACAAUGGCAAUAACAAACCAAAAGUCAGGUCAGAUUAUUAAAUAAAUAGUAUUUACUAGCCUGACCAAAAAAAAACAAUAUGGCGGCUGAUUUAUGUACCAUAAUCAAAUGUUCAUGCUAUUUAAAUAAAUUUAAUAGGAACAAAACUGAAGAACUUGUAACGUCCUUUUAACAUCUGUAGAAAUAAGUUUGCACGUAAGUUGGAAAGACAAUUAUAGUAAAAGGCUAUGCACUACUAACACAUACCAAGAGGCAUUUACGAAUCUAUUUUAGAACUUAAGGGGCUUACAGAAUCGAAUAAUAAAAAAGUACGUGUAUUAUAAAACGACUGUAUUUAAACUUUACUAAGCAGCAUAAAUGUUUACACUUUAAAACUGUUGUUUUCUUUGCAACCCUUUUAUUAUUUCUAACAAUUUUCUAUUACUUUCAUAUACGC